AUGAAUAAUACAGAAGCUCCGACAGAUCCUAAGGCCAUGAUACUUCUCAUGGGUCUAAGAAGAUGUGGUAAAUCAUCCAUUUGCAAAGUUGUAUUCCAUAACAUGCAACCAUUAGAUACAUUAUACCUGGAAUCAACAUCUAAUCCAUCCUUAGAGCAUUUUUCCACAUUAAUUGAUUUAGCAGUCAUGGAACUUCCUGGCCAACUAAAUUAUUUUGAACCAAGUUACGAUUCGGAACGAUUAUUUAAGAGUGUAGGUGCGCUUGUUUACGUCAUUGAUUCUCAAGAUGAAUAUUUAAGCGCCAUUACUAAUUUAGCAAUGAUUAUGGAAUAUGCAUACAAAGUAAAUCCGUCCAUAAAUAUAGAAGUUUUAAUUCACAAAGUCGAUGGAUUAAAUGAAGAUUUCAAAGUUGAUGCACAAAGAGAAAUAAUGCAACGAACUGGUGAAGAAUUAUUAGAAUUAGGACUGGAUGGUGUUCAAGUAUCGUUUUAUCUGACUUCUAUUUUUGACCAUUCAAUAUAUGAAGCAUUCUCAAGAAUUGUUCAGAAAUUAAUACCAGAAAUUUCAUAUUUAGAAAAUAUGUUAGAUAAUUUGAUUCAACAUUCAAAGAUUGAGAAGGCAUUUUUAUUUGACAUUAAUUCUAAGAUAUAUGUGUCUACGGAUUCAAAUCCUGUUGAUAUCCAAACGUAUGAAGUUUGCGCUGAAUUUGUGGAUGUGAGUAUUGAUUUAUUUGAUUUGUAUAAGAAUUCAAAUCAAGUUCAAAAGGGGAAUGAAAAUGGCAAUUUACAAUUAAACGACAGUAAGAAAGUAAUUAAACACCCUGAGGAAUUGAAAAAUGUAUCUCAACUGGGAAACGAUGUUAUAUUAUAUCUAAGACAGAUGAUUCGUGGACUCGCCCUAGUUUCAAUUAUUAGACCGAAUGGGACCGAUAUGGAAAGUUGUUUGACCGUUGCAGAUUACAAUGUUGAUAUUUUUAAGAAAGGGUUAGAAAAAAUAUGGGCCAGUUCUAAAAUUCCAAAGAACGAACAAAUAUGA